AUUACAAUUUUCAAGAAGAUGACAAGGUGAAAAAUGCUUCUUCAAACCAGAAAGAAUCAGGCAACGUGACCUUCCAAGUGCUCUAAAGAUGUGACGAAAAAAUGUACCGGUCCACUAAAGGAGCAUCAAAGGCUCGGAGGGAUCAAAUCAACGCAGAAAUUCGCAACUUGAAAGAUCUUCUGCCCAUCUCCGACGCCGACAAAGCUCGUCUCUCCUAUCUUCACAUCAUGUCCCUAGCCUGCAUUUACACAAGAAAGUCCGUCUUUUUCUCUCAAGCGGCAGCAGGUCAUGAUGUGAGCGGGAACAUCCUGUCUUUGCCAGAACUCUCAGAUCUGCUGCACACACUACCAGGGUUUCUCCUAGUGCUGACGAGUGAAGGAAAACUCCUUUAUUUAUCGGACAAUGUUGCGGAGCACCUUGGGCAUUCCAUGGUGGAUCUGGUGGCUCAGAGUGACAGCGUGUAUGAUAUUGUCGACCCAGCUGAUCACUUCAUCAUGAGGGGAAACCUUGUGCCAAUCACCACACCUGACACAGACCGCCUUUUUCGCUGUCGCUUCAGCACUUCGAAGUUUGUAAGGAGGCAGGGGUCUGGCAACAAACUGACGUUGGUUCGAGCACGCUGUUUGCCACCUCCAUGCCACACGUCCUCCUACUGGACAUCCAAUCCGGUGUGGGUGUGUUUUUGCUCCCCACUUGAGUCCAGCGUCCCUCAGGUUUCAUCAGCUAGGAAUCCUCUCCCCACUCCUCCUGCGGAGCAGUCUUUCCUCCUGUCCUGUUUCCAGUCUCAGCACAGCCGGGAUAUGAGAAUCCAUGCUGUUCAAGACAGUGUAAGCGUGUACCUUGGCUACGACAUAGAGACUCUGCGUUCUCGCUCAUGGUACAGUCUGAUUCAUCCUCGCGAUCUCUCUCACGCCUCUGCACAACACUGCGCCCUGUUACAUGAAGGUGGGGAGAGGCAGGUGGAGAUGGUGGUCCAGGUAGAGGCAGCAGAUCAUUCAUGGGUCUGGCUGUAUAUUGUUCUUCAGCUGGAGACUGGAGAAUAUCCCAUCAACAGCCACAACUAUGUCAUAAGUGAGUCUGAAGCCUGGUCGGUGCGUCAGCAGUUGUAUUCAGAGCAGAACCAGCUGGCUCUCCUGUACCAGGAGGCACGCCAGAGCUCUGACCCCCUGUCCAGCCCAGACCAGGUUUUCACCCCCAGCAGCAGUGGCCUGUCCUCCCAAUCCUUUGACUUCAGCUUCACCACGUCCGGCCGGAGCUCCUCUGAAGAGCUCCCCAGCACCUCAGCCCCAACCAGCAUGCCACUCGACCCUCUCCAGGGCUUUUCUCAGGACGAAGAGAGCCAUCCGCAACUGCACGGCAGCCACCAGAUGUGGAGAUCAGCCAUGAAUGUCUCCCCAGAACAUCUGAGCAACAUCACCAUCCCAAGUCUUUCUGCAACUCACAUCGCCCCUCCGCCCCUUCCUCCAUUCAAACCUCCUCCCAAGCGCCAAAGCUCAGAAGAGUUCAUCUGCACGCCUCCUUACACCCCAAGACUCGGAGGGGGGAGUUUCAUGUUUGGCGAUGAGCCCUUCAAAUCAGAGCAUAGCAGUGUAGUCAAAAUGAGACAAACCCUUCCCGCAAGCAUCGGCCCAACUCAACACUGCCGCAAACGCCUAUACGAAACGCUACCACCGACUCCGGACAGCCCAGGCAGCGACGAAUGCAUUCUUAUGGCGCUGCCGGAGAUCAGAGGACCUCUAUAUGUAGACGUCCCCCAUUUACCAUUCCACAAUCCUCCCGAAGGCCUACUGACCCCCGAGGCUUCGCCCACCAAAAAGCCCUGUUUGAGUUUCUUCCCUCAGGAAGACAACUCCGAAAGAGAGCGCCUGGAGAUCUCGCUCCUGGCUCAGUAUAUUAGCACUUUAGCUGAGGGCUUCUGUCACAGCCACCCACAAAACACAUCAGCUCCCUCUCAUCACGGCCCAAACUCCUCGCUGGCUCACAUUGAUGUCUUUAUGUUUGAGGAGAAAGCAGUAGAUGGCAUCCCUCUUCCAAAUCUGCAAUCCACCUCCCCCGUACCUCCCUCACCUUACUCAUCAGAGCCGUCCUACGCUCAGCGCUCCCCGAGCCGCAGCUCCCCUGUCCACGCGCAGGAGGAGGCGGCGACUCUGAACGGUGUACACCACCUCUGUAGCGUCCAGUCGACGCACCGUAAUCGCAUGGCCGGGGGUGAGACGCAGGAAUCCGAGAGACCCGAUGUGGAGAUGAUGACCUCCUCAGGGUCCACCGAGGCACUUCCUGCCCUCACUCCUGCUCUGCCUUGUGCCCAGUCCCUCCUAGAGGAGCUGGUCACCAUGGAACCUGUGUUUGGGGCAGCCGCCCCGAUGACUCCUGCCGAAAGGCAGCAAGAUGAGUUGUAUCAACUCCCUCAUCAAGGCGGACAACAGAUCUUCUACCAAGAUGGAACCAGUGAUCACAUGUUUUAACAUAAGUCUGUGACUUAAUCAACAAAGUAUGGCAUAUUGUCAUCUAAAAAGCUAUUUUUCUGGGACUAUGUGGUAGAGCUAUAUCAAAAAAAGUGUGUUAAAAAGAUUUAUUUAUGUUUAUAUAUCAUGAAGUCACAUGAACAUGCAUCCUAUUCACUUUGGGGAAAAGUACUUAAAGUAACAAACUUUGUAUUCACUUAUAGUGAAGACUGUGUUUUACUGAAAGAAUGUGUUUAUGAAUCACAAGUGUAUCUUUAAGCCAUCGUAGAGUUCUACGAUCAAGUAGAGGAUUGAUUCCUACUUACACUACUCUCUUUCUAUUUGCUUUUCAUUGUGUCAGUGCAUGAAAACCAUAGAAGAUGCUUCAUAAUAAACAAUAUUGCUUUCCGUUUCA